UUCAAUUAGUAAUUAAUUAGGCCUAAAUGCUUAAUUGGUGUUUAAAUAAACUUAAUUUUGAAAAUAUAAAAAAGUGUUUCCACUGAUAUCUCUCUGAAUAUCACAAUAAACCUAUUCAGGCAUCAAUUUAUUUUCCCUCUAGAUCUCUUAGACUGGCUAUAAUCGAUUAACCGAUGCAGUAUUAUAUUGUUUGAGUGAAUAUUAAAUUAAAAACCACUGCAGUUGAAGAGACACCGCUUUCAACGAAGAGUACACACUCAUGUGAAGUGAUUCACUCCUCUGCAUUGUCGCUUUCGCCUUUAACCUCUGGACAUUAGCUCUACCCUGCACCGUCUGCGCAUGCGCCAAACCUCUCCACCAUCUAGUAUACUACAGUUAAACCUGCUGUGGUUCAGCUACUCCACCUGAACCCCAUAUCAUAAGAGAAACUAGGCCGUGUUUAAUAAUUAAUCUCGUCAUACUUGGAAAUGUCAUAUUAAAGAGCUGAGGAGGAGACGUGUUUGCUCUGCAGCCGCACGGUGCCUGCUCCUGCAUGAAGACGGAUAUCUCUCUUACACUUCUGGGUUUAUUCUAGUUUGUUUAUCACGUAAGUGUUCACAAUGAUGUGGACGUUAAAGAGGAUGUUGCGACCCGCGUGGGCUCAGACUCAGACUCAACUGGCGUGGAGAUACAAGGUGCAGAUCCGCGCAUGUAGCUCUGCAACUAUCCAGACACAGGAUGACAGUCUUGUGCUGGACUACAGAGGGACACGGAUGCAUUUUAACUACGUGUGGCUGCGGGAUCACUGCCGCUCUGCCUCUUCAUACAACUCCAAGACUCACCAGAGAAACGUGGACACCGGGGGCAUAGACCUCAACAUCCGCCCUGACAAUACAGCUGUGCAGGAGGGACAUCUCAUCCUCACGUGGCCCGGAGGUCAUGUGUCAAAGUACAGCCUUAGCUGGCUCGCUGAGAACAGCUACGAAGGAAAGAGGCAGGCCAUCGUCCAGCCACGUAUCCUUUGGAAUUCAGACAUCUAUAAGAAUGCAAACGUACCCUCUGCCAAAUGGGACAAGUUUAUGAGCUGUGAUGAUGAAGUAAAGAAAUUUCUUCAGAACUACCUCCUGUAUGGGAUCGCUUUUGUAGAUGAUGUCCCAGUUACAGUCGAGGCCACAGAGGCAGUUACCCAGAGGGUCAGUCUCAUCAGGGAGACAACAUAUGGAAGAAUGUGGUGUUUCACCUCAGAUUUUUCCAGAGGAGAUUCUGCCUACAGCCAGCUGGCCCUGGACCGUCACACUGACACCUCCUACUUUCAGGAGCCAUGUGGAAUCCAGGUUUUCCACUGCCUCAAACAUGAGGGAACUGGGGGACGGACACUACUUGUGGACGGGUUCUACGCCGCUGAAAAAGUACGUCAGAGGUCUCCUGGAAACUUUGAGCUGCUUGCCCGCGUUCCCAUCAGGCACGAGUACAUUGAAAACACUGACAACCACCGAAACCACAUGACGGGCAUUGGUCCCCUGCUCAACGUCUAUCCUUGGAACAAUGAAAUGUACCUGAUUCGAUACAACAACUAUGACAGAUCAGUGAUAAACACAAUACCUCAUGACGUCGUUCGGCGAUGGUAUGUGGCACAUCGAGAGUUGACGACAGAACUAAGGCGGCCAGAGAACGAGCUGUGGGUGAAGCUGACUCCAGGGAAAGUGAUUUUCAUAGACAACUGGCGCGUCAUGCACGGAAGGGAGUCUUUCACCGGCCUGAGGCAGCUCUGUGGAUGCUACUUGACCAGAGACGAUGUCCUCAGCUCUGCACGCUGCUUCGGUCUGCAGGCCUGAUCCCGAACAUGAAGGACUUUUAACCUCUGUACCUAUUGAUUAGCCUGUGUUUGAAAGGUUCAUUUUUUGCCAUUAUACAACACAGGGUUGGAUAACAUGUAAUGCAAGCUGUAGUUCCUUUAUGCUGUAUGAUGGAAUACGGAGAAUAAGUUAAGGGGUCAGACAACCUGAGAAAAGAACUCUGCAGUCUGAUGGUUAAGUAGCGGAUACUUGCUUGCAGGCAGCAGGGUAAUCACGCUGCUGUUGUUGGUAUUGUCUUUUAGUAUCCUUUGGGCUCUGCAUGGGCACAGUACCUCACUGAUUCUCAGUACCAAUGAUGUUCUGGGGCAGUUUUAAUUACCCGCUGCAGAGCCCUCCUGUACUGAGCCAUGCAGAAAUACUGCCACUUUGUGAUGAAUCCCGUCAGUGCUCUACUUUAAAAGUUUACAAGAACUUUGCCUUGUGAAGUUUCCUUAUAAAACACAGCCAUUUUAUAGCCUCCUUAAACAGGAUGAAUAUUUGAUAAUCAUGUCAGGUUCUUGAUGAUGAUUCCCAGUGACUGAAAACUGUUAACCUGCUCCACCUGAGCUCUACUGAAGUACCUCCUUUACCUCCUUUUCUGUAAAACUAACACUCUUUUUGCCAGAUUUGCACAAAAAGCCGUAUUUUGUUCAACAAUCAACAGUCCUGCUUCCUGUUGUAUUUUACUCACCCUUGCUCUUCUUUUUUUAAUUAACAUUCAUUGAUUGUAUUUCCUGAACUACACUUGAAACAAAUGUAUAAGCUCAAAAAUGGCUUGAUAUUGUUGAGUUCAUGCGUCAUAUGAUC